UUCUGUAAAAGGUAUACUCUAUGAUCUAUAGUCUAUACUAGUACUUGUAAAAGUAGCCUCAAAAUGGGCCAGUGCUCCACCCUAAGAGGCCCAAAGAAACCAGCAGAUUCGCAGAAACCGAUUCUCAAUUAAACGUUAUCGAUGCGCCGUCGUCAACUCACCCCGUCGUAACUGGUACGGUAGGGUUUUGAAUUUCGAUUGAUGAUCACCAGCUCUUUGGGAUCAGCUGCUAAACGAGGGAAUAACAACUGUUAGGAAGGUACUCAUUGAAUAUGAAGCCCAUCUUUUGUGGAAACCUGGAUUUUGAUGCCCGGGAGUCAGAUGUGGAGCGACUUUUCCGAAAAUAUGGAAGGGUUGAAAGAAUUGAUAUUAAACCUGGCUUCGCUUUUAUCUACAUGGAAGAUGAACGUGAUGCUGAAGAUGCAAUAAGAAGACUUGACCGGAUUGAGUUUGGGAGAAAGGGACGAAGACUACGUGUGGAGUGGACCAAGCAUGAACGUGUUGCAAGGAGGCCGGAGAGGAGUGACCCUUCAAGGAGAUCUUCAGCUAACACAAGACCUUCAAAAACAUUGUUUGUGAUCAACUUUGAUCCUGCAACACGAACACGGGACCUGGAGAGGCAUUUUGAACCGUAUGGGAAGAUAUUGAAUGUCAGGAUCAGGAGAAACUUUGCUUUUAUUCAAUACGAAUCUGAAGAUGAUGCCAGCAGGGCACUAGAGGCGACACAUAUGAGCAAGUUAUUGGACCAAGUGAUUUCGGUGGAAUUUGCAAUUAGAGAUGAUGAUAACAGACGAAGUGGAAAUGGUUACAGUCCUGAUAGAAGAGGGAAUGACUUCUCCCCUGACACAAGAGGCUAUGACCGUAGGCGUUCCCCAAGCCCGUACCGUAGGGAUAGGGGCAGCCCUGAUUAUGGACAUGGAUCCAUUCCAAAUUCCAGACCUCCACCUCCACCUACUAGGGAAAGUCCAGAAGUUGGGGAGUUGCAGCAGAGCCCCGAGAGUGACAGAUACCACAGCCGGUCGCGUGAGAGAUCUCGAUCCUGAGAAGACAGCCUUGGAAUUGUUUAUCUGACAAAAUUGUUCCAUCUUGAGUUGUUGUAAUUUUCCUUGAUGACUUGACUUUUAACACUAAACAUUUAUAUUAUGAUGAGGAGAUCACCUGCAUGUUGUGCCAUUGUUGCCUUAGAUAAUGAAGUUAUUUAAAAUCCUUCAUACUUUGGGUAUGUUCUAUAAACAGUCAUCUGAUUCUUGUUAAUGUUAGUGUCUCUGUAGUCUGUACCUUUUGUUGAAGUCUAAUUUCUGCCAGCCUCUUUCUUUUAAGAUUGAAUUUAA